UAAAAAUGCAGCAAGUGGGAGUUUUCUGUGAAGCUCUGGGCCCAGUUUGUGUUUUUGAUGCAGUAACGGGAUCUGAGUGGAUUUCUGUUAGUCCUCAGAUAAUAUAAAUGUUCAUAAUGUUGGUUUUGUGGAGCUACGCUUUUUUAUUUACUCAUAAAAUGUGUUUUUCUGCUGAAAAAUGCAUUUUAAACUUUUUGAGAAUAGCAUAAAUUUUGGUUAAAAUGUGCUGCAGCACCACAACUUCAACCGAAGAUUGUUUGGGAAAUUGCAGAAAUCGUGAAGGAAUCCAAGAAAAGACUAUUUUGGACAGAAAUAUAGUUUUACUUUAUGGGGGAGAAUUAAAGAGGCUCGCGCUCAAAGCGCACCAACAGCGGCUGUAGCGCGCGAGGCCCCACGGCUGCCUUUCAGCCCGGUGGGAAGUCCGGGUCUCAUGCAGCACAUGGCUUUUCUCCCACGGUGCGAAGGAGGGCAGGGCAGGAUGUUGUUAAACAAGUCUCUCAGCAUCAAGUUCAACCGCUUGUUAAAGAGCCGUGACACCGUUCACGCGAGCCCCUCACGCGCCCCGUCGGGUCGGGUGUUCUGACUGACAAAAGGCAGCUGUGCGCCGGAUCUGACGUAUCAGCGGCGCUAAUUUACUUAAUAAUUAUUAUAUAGGCUGGAAUCGUCAUAAUCAGAUCAUUAAUAGAAGUGAGUGCGGCGUAGAUGAUGAGUGCGCGUGCACGUAUGACUUCAAUAAAAACAACUUUUUACUUUUGCGCAAAAAUGACGUCUCCUGUUGCGCCAAAUUCUGCCAGGGAAAGUCCUCUCGGACCUGCUCACUUUCUCCCGUGCUGUUCUCCAUCUCCUGCAGCGCGCGCGUCGUUUCGGCUCUCCAAGGCAUUUCAACGUCACUCACGGUUUCGCGAGAGCCUCCACGCUCCAUGUGUCGCCAGUCCCCUGCCUGGCGCGCAUUAAUAUUCCUGUAAGUCUCAGUCAUGAAUAACAAUUACACCGGAUACCGGGGGUAGAGGCGGGAGCUCCUCGGUGCUCACAGUCAUAGCGGCGGCAGCUCGGGGCGCAGGAAGGUUCUGAGAGGAGUUCUGCUGAACGGGCCUGCCUGCAGACACCAAGGUUCUGCUUUGACCUGGAAUGCGUUUGUGUGUUCCAUUCUGAGUCCGCUCGGAGCUUCCAGAUGUUGGUUCAUCCCUACUCCACCGGGGACCGGCAUGACAGCGUCUCGAGCCACAGCUCGCGCCUGUCUCAGCUGGGCUCCGUGUCUCACGCAGGACCCUACUCCAGCGCGCCGCCGCUGUCUCACGCGCCGUCCUCGGACUUCCAGCCGCCCUACUUUCCUCCGCCGUACCAGCCGCUCGCUCACUAUCAGAGCCAGGACCCCUACUCCCACGUAAGCGACCCGUACUCCCUCAACUCCCUGCACCAGAGCCAGCAGGGCGCAUGGGGCGCGCGCCAGCGGCAGGACGCCACCGGGGACCGGAUGGAGAGCUCGGCUCUACUAGCGCAGCCCCGGGCCUCACUACCUCAGCUGUCCGGGUUAGACCCACGGCGGGACUACGGAGGCGUGCGGCGGCCGGAUGUGCUUCUUCACUCCGCUCAUCCGGGACUGGAUCCCGGUAUGGGGGACGGGCUGCUGCACGGGCUUCACGGUAUGGAGGAUGUUCAGACCAUCGAAGACACGAAUGGGACGAGUUUAUUGGAUCAAUCUGUGAUCAAGAAAGUGCCCAUGCCGCCUAAGAACGUGGGCUCUCUGAUGCUCGGGAAGGACGGCCUGAUCGGCGGGGUGACCGUUAACAUCAACGAGGUGUUCUGCUCGGUACCGGGCCGCCUGUCGCUGCUCAGCUCCACCUCCAAGUACAAAGUGACCGUAGGGGAGGUGCAGAGGAGACUGUCUCCACCCGAGUGCCUCAACGCCUCCCUGUUAGGAGGCGUGUUGAGAAGAGCAAAGUCUAAAAACGGCGGCAAAUGCCUGCGAGAGAAGCUGGAAAAGAUUGGACUGAAUCUUCCUGCUGGGAGGCGCAAAGCUGCAAAUGUCACGUUACUAACAUCUCUGGUAGAAGGUGAGGCGGUGCACCUGGCUCGGGAUUUUGGCUACAUCUGUGAGACGGAGUUCCCCACCAAAGCCGUGAGCGAGUAUCUGAACCGGCAACACGCAGACCCCAACGAGCUGCACACGAGGAAAAACAUGCUGCUGGCCACGAAACAGCUGUGUAAGGAGUUCACAGACCUGCUGGCCCAGGACAGGACUCCGCUGGGCAACUCCAGGCCCUCCCCCAUCCUGGAGCCUGGCAUCCAGAGUUGCCUCUCCCACUUCUCCUUCAUCACACACGGUUUCGGCUCACCCGCCAUCUGCGCCGCGCUCACCGCCCUGCAGAACUACCUCACUGAGGCUCUCAAAGGACUCGACAAGAUGUUUCUCAACAACCCACCCAACAGCCGGCACGGGGACGCGGGCAACAAGGCCGGCGACAAAGAGGAAAAACAGCGGAAAUGAGGCCAGCGCUGAAGGGGAGUGAUGGAGAGUCGGGGGGAGGCACUGACAGAGGCGUUACACAGUUUCUUCUAGCUUUACACCGCCGCUACUGCCCUGCCGCGCACAAGGCUGAGGUGGAGGAGGACGAGGAAGGCUUGGUGGAGAGAAAACAGCACCCGUGGGCCAGUGUCAGAGAGCACAGAGGGAUUUUUCAUCUGUGUUACGUUCUUUUCAUUCCCCUGAGGACAUGCUGGUUACUGUGUUACAUCCAUUUUGCUCCCCCCGCCUGCAUCCUGUGAGAAUGAGACGCUGUGAGCAGCCAGCAAACAACAUUGUGUCUGAGUGCCUGAGCGUGUGUGUGUGUGUGUGUGUGUGUGUGUGUGUGUGACAAAAAGCAUUGUGGGUUUGGACUUUUUUGUGAUGAGCAUUGUAUUCAGUGAAACAGGCUUGUCUGGUUAUUUAACUAACGUAAAAGAAGGGCAGGUGUUACUUUGUGUGUGUAAAUAUUUAUUUAUGACCAUUUAAAUGGGCGGUUGUUUAAAUAGGUGCACCGGGAUUUGGGACUGAACCUAUUUAUCUGUGAUUUGACCUUUGUGAGCCAGAAGGGCGGGACAGGACUCAUCAAGUGGGUUUUUUCUUUAAGAGCUGUUGUCAUGGUGAUGAUGAUGAUGAUGGGUAGACAUGCUUCUAAUUGUCCAGUGAUUUCAUUUCUAUCAUAUUGAUAAUAAACCGUGUGUUUUAUUA